GAACGGAGGAAUAAAUUCUUCACCCACUGCCACAAGAAAGGCACCUCCCUCCCCUCACCGCCGCCGGGAAAGCUUCCAUCUUUGUCCCCAUUUGCCCGCAGCUCAUCCCCGAGGCGAGGCGAGGUGAGGUGAGGGCCUCCCCUCUCCAUCCUCCGUCGAUGUGACCCCUUCCUCGGUCUGCUAAGUGAGGUGAUUUCCCUUCACCUGUAUUAUCCCCCAUCACCUGCCUGUUCACUCGUCGGGGAGCCAUCCGAUUGCUGCGUUCAGGAAGCCUCGCAUCUCGCCUCGGGCCGCGUGUCCCCCCCCCCCCCCCCUCUGUGUGUGGAUUCUAUCGCUUUUUUCUUAAGAAAAUCGCAUCUUUUCUCCUUGGUUCAAGGGCAGCCGCCGCCAGGGCGUUUCCCUUGACGCCGCCGAUUUUUCUUGCCUUAAUUUGGAGCUAAAUUCCUCCCUUCUUUUGGGCGUUUCGUAGAUCUGUUCGGGGGAUUUCUUUUGUGUGGCUAAAUUGCCGGCGGAUGCGCCCACCGCGUAAUGUCUUGUUUUCCUUUUCCUUCUCUUCGAGCCGUUUUGGUUCUUUUCGCUGAAUUUCGUUUGUUGAUUUUACGAGUUCCAAUCCAUUCACCUGAUGUAGCUUUUGUCGUUUCAGAGCCCUCGUAAUCCAUCCCCUAUGUUUACCACUUUCUUGCAGAACAGGACCUUGUCGUCGUGAAUUCCUCCCUCCCCUCUGUGCUCUGUGUGCCACCGAUUCCUGAGCCGGUCACGUAUGAGAAACUGGAGGAUCGGGGAGAGCUCCAACGUCUGGGUCAAUUUGGUCGCCGUCCCGGCCAAUCUCGCCAUCGCGGCUCUGGAAUUCGCGCUGUGGAGCUCCGUCUGGUGCUUCCUGGCCGUUUCCUCCAUCAAUUUCUGACCCGAAUUCGGAGCACCCAGUCUGUGGGGUUCUCACUGCACUAGUAGGCCACUGGCGCCCGAGUAGUUGCAGCAAAAGGAGCAGGCCACCUUCGGUGAGUUGGGAUUAGGUGCGGUCCUCAGCUCAAAAGGGCUCGUUUGGUGGGAACUUUUACUUGCUGUCUGUCUGCUUGUGUCCUUGGUGAUGGAGAUUGCCGGAAUUGGGGUUGGAAGGACAUUCUGAUUUAAUUGGUUGUGGAGAUUUUCUGAUUCCAUCGGUUGAGGAUGGAGGAGAGGCUACCUGAGGCAGGCGCUGGCAAUUUGAGGGGUGAGGAUGACUUCAGGAGCUGCUGUGGGGAUGAGGAAGAGUGGGAGGACACCGAGGAGUCAUUCACUGCUGCUGUUGCAAAGGGGGAGCUUGAUGAGACCUCGGUGCGGCUGUUCUUCAAGGGCGUGUCGAGCCCGGAGGCAGAGGGGAAGAAAUUGUCUGGGAUCGGGGUGGUGAUGGAAAGGGCGCCCGGAGUGCCUGUUCUUAAGGUGCAGAAGAAGCUGGAUUUCUAUGUGGAGGAGCUGGUGGCUGAGCACUUGGCACUCAUGGAUGGCCUGCUGGUGGCGCUGCAGAAUGGGAUAAGGAAGAUCUUUGCCUUCACCAAUUCAGAGAAGCUAUACUUUCAGAUAGCAGAAGCUGAAAUUCUUGAAGACCAGCUUUUGGUAGCUUUAGGGCACAGAAUUCUUGAACUAGUUGAUAAGCUGGAAGACUUUGAUUUGAUAUUGCUUCCUAGCUUUGAACUUGAGAGGCCCUUACAGUUGGCCAAAGAAGCGAUAGGCAUCAGGUAUCUUUCUCCCUAUGAGGUUGGCAUCUGCCCGACCUGCUGUGAGGAAAAACUAGGUUCUCAGAUGAUCAAGACAGGUUGUUCACACACAUUUUGCUAUAAUUGCCUGACUGCAUAUGUUGAAGAGAAGCUGCUGACCUCAAAGCAGCCUAUAAGGUGUCCGCAAUUGAGGUGUAAAUAUCUAAUUUCAGCUAGUGAGUGUAAAUCAUUCCUUCCAGUUAGCAGCUAUGAUUCCCUGGAGAGAGUAUUUGCAGAAGCUGGCACCUCAGGCAUGGAAAGAUUUUAUUGUCCCUUUCCAAACUGUUCAGUGUUAUUAGACCUUAGUCAGCACUUUUCUAGGGCAAGUUCAUCAAAUCAGUCAGAUCUCAGUUGUGUUGAGUGCCCAGAAUGCCACAGAGAUAUUUGUAUCAACUGUGGAGUGCCAUGGCAUAUCAUGAUGGGCUGUGAUGAGUACCAGAGCUUGCCUGUCGAAGAAAGAGAUGCUGGAGACCUAUCUUUGCAUCGGCUUGCUCAAAGCAAUAGGUGGAGGCAUUGUCAGAGAUGUCGACGAAUGAUUGAACUAACACAAGGCUGCUUCCAUAUGACUUGCUGGUGUGGGCACGAGUUCUGCUACUCCUGUGGUGCUGACUAUGCUAGUGGUGUACAAACAUGCCAAUGUGUGUUCUGGGAAGAUGAAGCCAUUGAGCCAUCCUCCGCAGCACGAUCCAGCCAAGCAGCAUCCGAGAUCUGGGCAUGGGACACAUUUGACUGCAUGCCAACCGCUGUCGAGGGGUACUCGGAACAGGAGCGUGCGCAGCUGGCACUCAUCCAGAGGUUCCUCGCAGGGGGUUUCAGCCUGGGAGACAACCCCUGCCAGUCGCCACCCCGCUGUGCUGACUCGUAUAUUGUUGACACCAUGAAGGACCUCCACCAGCUGCCGUGGCUUGAGCGAUUUGUCUCAGUUAUCAGCGACAGCUACAACGAUGACUACAUCCAGUGAACAAACAAAAAGGUUAUAGAUAACAGUAAAGAAACGGCACAUACUGAGUUUCAUCCGGAAUAAUAUGUUUCCAUGUCCCUGGUUGAUAAUUGACAGAUAGUAGGGAAAUGAUGUGCUUCCUUGCAACGUCGCUGUUUGCUCUUGUAUUACCUACUUUGGUUUCUGGUGCAUCAGCAAAAGAGUUCUCCAGUUGUCACUCUGCAGUUUUAGAUUCUUCUCCUAGCGAGCACAUAUAUUUUCGAGGUUUCUGAAAUUAAUCUGCAAUAUGAGUAACUUCCUAGUUGAUGCCUUUGGCACUUCCAAAUAAAUUAAAUUAUUUAUUUUC